AUGUCCACUAUCGAUUCAGGGAAUAUACGAUCGAGUGUGUCGCCGAACUCGCUGGAGGAACUCAGCAACCCGCUCCCUGUUUAUGAGAAUAAAGAGCAGGACCAAGGAGAGCCAGAUGACCGCUUGCAUCUGACCAAGGAACUGACCAGAACACUGACGCUUCCCCCGCUCGCCGAUGAUGACCCCUUCUUUGACCGAUUUUCCAAGCGUAAAAAGGCGCUUUUCGUGGGAAUCGUUAGUUUUACGUGCUUUUUGUCUCCAAUCUCUAAUCUUGCGUUUACUCCAGCUAUUCCUGAAGUCGCCGAAGCCAUGAAUACCACGUCGCAAAUGAUCAACGUCUCGAACGCAGUCUACAACGUCUUCAUGGCAAUCUCGCCAAUGAUGCUUUCUCCGCUGGCGUCGCUCUACGGCAAAAAGCCGAUCAUGAUUCUCAGCUCACUUGGCUACACUAUCAGCUCGAUUCUCACGGCUGAGUCACAAAAUUUAGCUAUGUUUUUUGUCUUCAGAGCGAUGAAUGCAUUUUUCGGAACAUGCUGCUUCAGUGUUGGUGGCUCUAUCAUCGGCGAUAUCAAGGUCCCAAAAGAGCGUGGCAGAGCCAUGAGCUGGGUCUUGAUGGGGACACAACUGGGUCCUGCUUUUGGCCCGGUGUUAGGUGGUAUAAUAAUCACCUACACGCACUGGAGAGUUAUCUUCUAUGUCGUUACUGGACUGGGAGUGAUUAAUCUGCUCAUGAUCAUCUUCUUUCUCAAGGAGACUAGCAGAAUGGUGAUUUCCAAAGAGAUAGCCAAGAGAACAGGGAAACGGUUUGUUUUCGUCAAGUACAAUCCCCUUAGAGUUAUUCUCGCUUUCCAGUACCUCAACCUGAUCAUCGCGGGAGUGAUCAGCUCCUCGAUCAUGUACAACAUGUUUGGCCUGCUCACUCCUAUAAGGCAUGUGAUUAACCCAAGAUUCAAUCUCAAUAGUCCUGUGCUUGGAUCGCUGUUUUACCUGGCCCCCGGAACCGGACUUAUGCUUGGAGGACCAAUUGGGGGCAGGUUUGCCGAUUUCACGGUCAAGCGUUGGAUUAAAAAGCGUGGUGGUGAGAGAAUUCCUGAAGACCGUCUGAGAAGUGCCACUUACUCUCUCGGAUUUGUAAUGCCUGUCUUUAUGAUCAUUUACGGCUGGUCGCUGCAGAAAAAGGUAGGAGGCAUGGCAUUGCCAAUUGUGUCGAUGUUUUUCUACGCCGUUGGACAGACAAUUGCUUUCCCGUCCAUCAACUCGUACUGCGUGGACUGCCUGCCCUCUCUAAAAGGUGACGCCAUCGCAUCAAACUAUUUUGCAAGAUACAUUUUGGGAGGAUGUGUUGCGUCUGCUACCUGUCUGGUCCAAAUAGACAACAUUGGAAUCGGCUGGACCGCCACUAUCAGUGCAUUUGUCUCCUGGAUCGGGUUUCUGGCCAACGAGAUUAUGAUCAGAUACGGUGCCUCCCUGCGUCUUAGGGCCCUAGCCAAAAUCGAGGCUAAGAAAAAGGACAAAAAAACUCGAGAAAAUUAA